AAGCAGAAUAGAAGCCUAUAUAAAUAUAGAGAAGAGGCUCCUUAUAGGUGUCUCGUAUGGAUUCGCUAUAGAACUGUGAUUUCUGAAAACGGAGGUUUAGAGAGAGAGAGCUGCUUUUAGAGAGAGAAAGGCACUUUUAGAGAGAGGGCGAGCGAGAGUAAUGGCGAGUUCACCGUUUCCUGUGACUUCGACUCGGGCGGAGGCGUUCUCUCAUUGCAAUUCAAUCUCAAGACUUAUCGAUUUUAGUUCGAGGAACUGGAAUGCCAAGCUAUUCUUGACCCGAGAGUCGAGUUUGGGGAGGUUAAGACGUUCUUUUACUGUGAGAAACGUCUCGAGCCAGCCAAAGCAGAAACUGAAUGAUCCAAUCACUGAGGAAGGAGCUGCAGUUGAUGUGAGUUCUUUCACUCCUGAUGCUUCAUCCAUUGCAUCAAGUAUAAAGUACCAUGCAGAGUUUACACCAGCUUUUUCUCCAGAGCAAUUUGAGCUUCCCAAGGCUUUCUAUGCAACAGCACAAAGUGUUCGUGACGCACUCAUCAUUAAUUGGAAUGCAACAUAUGAUUACUAUGAAAAGAUGAAUGUAAAGCAGGCAUACUAUUUGUCGAUGGAAUUUCUACAGGGAAGAGCAUUGUUGAAUGCCAUUGGUAACUUAGAGCUAGUAGAUGCAUAUGGAGAAGCUUUGAGCAAGCUCGGCCACAAUCUAGAGAAUGUAGCUUGUCAGGAGCCAGAUGCUGCACUUGGAAAUGGGGGUCUUGGGCGGCUUGCUUCCUGUUUUUUGGACUCUUUAGCAACGUUAAAUUACCCAGCCUGGGGUUAUGGACUUAGAUACAAGUAUGGCUUAUUUAAACAGCGGAUAACAAAAGAUGGUCAGGAGGAAGUCGCUGAAGAUUGGCUUGAAAUGGGUAAUCCCUGGGAAAUUGUGAGAAAUGAUGUCUCAUAUCCAGUGAAAUUCUACGGCAAGGUUGUGAAGGGUUUGGAUGGAAAGAGUCAAUGGGUUGGUGGAGAAGACAUAAAGGUGGUUGCUUAUGAUGUCCCAAUACCAGGAUAUAAAACUAAAACCACAAUCAACCUUCGCCUUUGGUCCACUAAAGCUCCAUCAGAAGAUUUUGAUUUGUAUGCUUUUAAUGCUGGAGAACACACCAAGGCCUGUGAAGUCCAAGCUAAUGCUGAAAAGAUUUGCUAUAUACUAUACCCAGGAGAUGAAUCAAUGGAAGGAAAGAUCCUUCGUCUGAAGCAACAAUAUACCUUAUGCUCAGCUUCUUUGCAAGAUAUUAUUGCACGCUUUGAGAGAAGGUCUGGAGGCCAUGUGAAAUGGGAAGAGUUUCCUGAGAAGGUUGCUGUCCAGAUGAAUGAUACUCACCCAACACUCUGCAUUCCGGAGCUGAUGAGAAUAUUGAUGGAUUUGAAGGGCAUGAGCUGGAGGGAAGCUUGGAAUAUUACCCAACAGACUGUGGCAUAUACAAACCAUACUGUUCUACCUGAGGCAUUGGAGAAAUGGAGUUUAGAACUUAUGCAGAAACUGCUUCCUCGACAUGUUGAGAUUAUAGAGAUGAUUGAUGAGGAGUUGAUGCAUAAAAUAAUAGCAGAGUAUGGCACAUCAGAUUUUGACCUAUUGGAGAAAAAAUUAAAUGCAAUGAGAAUCUUGGAAAAUGUUGAUGUGCCCGCUUCCCUUGCGGAUUUAUUUGUUAAGCCAACAGAAAAUCCUGCUGUUGAGUUGAGUGAAGAAGUUGAAGAUUCUGGUGAAGAAAUUGAACCUACCAAUGAAGAUGAAUCAGAAGAAACGGGUUUAGGGUUUAGUGAAGAAAUUGAACCUAUCAAUGAAGAUAAAUUAGAAGAAACGGGUUUAGGGUUUAGUGAAGAAAUUGAACCUAUCAAUGAAGAUGAAUCAGAAGAAACGGGCAUGAAGAAGAAAAAGGUGGAUUUGGAACCAAUUCCAAAACCACCAAAGAUGGUCCGCAUGGCUAAUUUGUGUGUGGUUGGCGGUCAUGCAGUAAAUGGAGUUGCUGAGAUUCAUAGUAAAAUUGUAAAGGAUGAGGUCUUUAAUGAAUUUUAUGAGUUGUGGCCUGAGAAAUUUCAAAAUAAAACAAAUGGGGUAACAACUAGAAGAUGGAUCCGCUUCUGCAAUCCAGAUCUAAGUAAUAUCAUAACCAAGUGGACUGGCACUGAAGACUGGGUCCUACAGACUGAGAAAUUGGCAGAAUUGAGGAAGUUUGCUGAUAACGAGGAUCUCCAAAUUGAAUGGAGGGCAGCAAAAAGGAGAAACAAGAUGAAGGUUCUGUCAUUCCUCAAAGAGAAAACAGGGUAUUCAGUCAGCCCUGAUUCAAUGUUUGAUGUCCAGGUCAAGCGUAUCCAUGAAUACAAGCGGCAGCUUUUGAAUAUACUGGGGAUUGUUUACCGCUACAAAAAGAUGAAAGAAAUGACUGAAGAAGAGAGAAAAACGAAGUUUGUUCCACGUGUCUGCAUAUUUGGGGGAAAGGCUUUUGCAACAUACGUGCAAGCCAAGAGAAUAGUGAAAUUUAUAACAGAUGUUGGGGCUACAGUAAACCAUGAUCCUGAAAUUGGUGAUUUACUAAAGGUUAUAUUUGUGCCUGAUUACAAUGUCAGUGUUGCUGAAAUGCUAAUUCCUGCAAGUGAGCUCUCACAGCAUAUCAGUACUGCUGGGAUGGAGGCCAGUGGAACCAGCAACAUGAAGUUUGCCAUGAAUGGUUGCCUCUUGAUUGGGACCUUGGAUGGGGCCAAUGUCGAAAUAAGGGAAGAGGUUGGGAGUGAGAACUUUUUCCUCUUUGGUGCUGAAGCUCACGAGAUUGCUGGACUGAGGAAAGAAAGAGCUGAAGGCAAGUUUGUGCCUGACCCUCUUUUUGAAGAAGUGAAAGCAUUUGUACGAAGUGGUGUUUUUGGACCAUAUAACUAUGAAGAACUGAUGGGAUCAUUAGAAGGAAACAAAGGCUUUGGCCGCGCAGACUAUUUUCUUGUGGGCAAGGACUUCCCAAGCUACAUUGAAUGCCAAAAGAAUGUCGACAAGGCAUAUCAAGACCAACAGAGAUGGACAAGAAUGUCGAUCCUGAAUUCAGCCGGCUCGUACAAGUUCAGCAGUGACAGAACAAUUCAUGAAUAUGCCAAAGACAUAUGGAACAUUACGCCAGUCGAUUUACCUUAGCAAAAGAUAAACAUGCUUCAAGAGUCUUUACUUCUACCAAUGCAGACUUAGGCUUUUCUCUGCGUUAGCAGAAAUAUGUUUGUUUUCUUAUCCAUGUAAGCAAAUCACUCGAAUAAUAUCAUAAAUUCAUAAUGCAAUAAAUCUUGCAUCUUUUUUCA